GCGCAGGGGAUGACCCCCGGGCGCUUGCCGACGCAGAUGGUGGUUGCGGUUCAAGAUCCAUGGCAGGUGCUGAAGGAAGGUGUGAGCAGGAGGAAUUGGCUCGCGCAUGAGUACGUGACGGCGGCGCCGAUUAAAUGGGGGGAAGUGGCAAAGAGCGUGUAUGAAGACCUUCCGAAGAUUAAGAUGGAGCUGGAGGCGGCGAUUGCAGAGCUUGACAAAUGAC